AUGGGCGUCAGUUCUGUGGGACGUUUGAGUAUUCUUUUAAUUAUAUUUGGAAAUGCUAUUCGAUACUUGGCAAUUAAGCAAUUGGGUAAUUAUUUUACAGUAAAAUUACAUAUUCAAAAUAAUCAAGAAUUAAUUAUUAACGGACUAUUCUCCUAUGUUCGACAUCCAUCGUAUACUGGUGUUAUAAUGUCAUUUAUCGGUUUAGCAUUCUUGUUAAAUAACAAUUAUGGGACAUUUGCUAUUAUUUUGCCAGUCAUAUCGGUGUUUCUUUAUCGAAUAUAUGUUGAAGAGAAAGUAUUAAAGGCAUAUUUCGGCUCACAGUAUGAAAAAUAUCAAGAGCGUGUACCCAUGCUAAUACCAAGAUUGUGGUGA